GUCAUACCAAGACGACAUUAUAGUUCAUGGUCCUAAUAUCGAAUUGCAUAAUGAACGUCUUUUAAAACUGUUCAGGCGUUUAUGUGAGAAUAAUGUUCUUGUUAAUCCAUCUAAAUGUCAUUUCACUUUGUCGUCUGUAUCAUGCUUGGGAUACACAGUAGACUCCGAAGGUUUCAGACCUGAUGCUAGUCGUUUGGCACCUCUAAUUCAAGCACCGUCACCUAAUAAUAUGUCAUCGUUGAGAUCAUGGAUAGGUACUCUUCAGUUUUACUCCAGAUUCAUUCCCAACUUCACUCAACGGUUAUCUCCACUUUUUGAGAUUGUCUCCAGUAAACAGUUUAAGUGGGAACAACAACAUGAGAAUAUCUUGCGAAAAACUUUGGAGUUUCUUAAUAAACAAGCUUUCUUAAGACCUUUUUCAUCGAAAGAUAAGUCUGUUCUCACUACAGAUGCUUCUCCUAUGGGUAUAGCUGCAGUACUUGAGCAAAAUGGACAACCUGUUAUUUGUAUUUCAAGACGUCUAAGUAAGAGUGAACAAGGGUACUCACAAACCCAGAAAGAAGCUCUAGCAGUUGUAUGGGCAAUAAGACGCUUGCACAAGUAUCUCUUUGGUACUAAGUUUCACAUAGUUACUGAUCAUCAAGCUUUGAAAUUCAUUUACAAUCCAGAAAAAUCUUUGAAUAAAUCAUCUGCUGCUAUGGUUCAAAGAUGGAGUUUAGAACUAAGUGCAUAUGAUUACACUAUUGAACAUAGAUCGGCAAAGGAUAUACCUCAUGCAGACUUCUUAUCUCGUUAUUCAUUAUUUGAAAAUGCUGCUAAUGAUACUGAU